GUUCGGCGUGUUCGAGUUUGACGACGAUAUGAGCAUCGAGCAGUAUCCCAAGAGGUUUCCUCGAAAACUCGAAAGCCAUGGGAACAAGAAGAGUAAUAGUGGCGACCAGUCCCCUAUAACCAAAUACCAUUUUCUCCAGAGCUGUAAGCCUCUUCUUCAUUCCUUCCAUUCUUUAGUUCUUUUUAAAGGCUUUUUGUGUUUGAAUACUACUGUUGUUUGAUUUUUGGUACGAGAGAAAUUCUCUCCCUCCCCCUCCCUCCUUCCUUCCCUUUGUUUGGAUUUCCGAGAAGUUUCAUUGGUGUAAGGAAUGAGAAAUGGAUGUAGAGGAUGUUCAUUAGAAAGUGUGGUGGUAAUGUAUCGGCGUGGUUUUACUCUGUUCGAAUUCGUGAUGUGGGUUUUCUUUUCUUGUUUGGUUGCACGUGGUACUGAGACUGUAGACCAGGGUUUUAGAACUGAAUCUAUUGAUGUUGAUGCUAAAGGGACGAAGACCCCUAAGGCAGGUAGCAACAGAUUGUUAGACAUUCAUCCUAAUGAUGUAGGAGGUUUGCAGUACACAUAUUCUGCUAUAUCUCCAAACAGUACUCUGCACGGAGAUAGUCCUGUCAAAGUGGAGAACUCUGGAGUGGAUGCCUAUUUGAUUUCUAGUUCUUCGUCUCAAAACACCAAGAAAUUUAGUAGAGUAUCAUUUGAAACCCUCAGCACUGAAAUGAGCUCUUUGUCAACUUCAACCUUUUGUUCUGAAGAGAAUAAAAUGUCCUCGGAGGAACAACAAAUCGAACCAGAUUGUGGUGGAUAUAAACUUGAUGACAAAAACAAAACUGUUAAUAUCUUUCCUGAUUAUAUUAUAUAUAGAGACACACAUCUUACGAAAUCUUGCUUAACAUUUUCAUGCCACUGCAUCAAAAUAGAGGGUUCAUCUUUUACCGGAACUUGCAAAUCAGUCUCCUUUCAAUGGGCUAUUGGGGAUAUUAUUAGUAUUGAAUCAGAAUGGUCUGAAUUGGUCAAAACGGCCAUUGUUACCCUUCAUCUUAAAGUUACAGGAAAUGCAAAUAAAACUUCAGGUUUUGAGCCAGUGUGUUUUUCGGUUUAUGAUCCUUAUUGGGCAAAGAGACUGGAAGCAAUCAAAUCAUUAGAUGUGAGAUACAAGGAUAAAUGGAAUAUUGAUUUUGAUGCUAAUGUAGUAAGUGGUAGAAAACAUUUGUUUGGGCAGAGUAGCAUGUUCUCUCCUACGAGUUGCAUACCUGGUUAUGAUGAGCAUUUUGAAGAAGUUAUCUAUCCUGAAGGAGAUCCUGAUGCAGUUAUUAUUAGUAAGAGAGACGUCGAGCUUCUACAGCCAGAGACAUUUAUCAAUGAUAAUAUAAUCGAUUUUUAUGUUAAAUAUUUGGCGAACAAGAUUCAAUCCGAAAAAAGGCACAGGUUCCACUUUUUCAAUAGUUUUUUCUUUCGGAAGCUUGCUGAUUUAGACAAAGAUCCAUCAAGUGCUUAUGAAGGCAAGGCAGCAUUUCAACGUGUUCGUAAAUGGACGAGGAAAGUUAAUCUUUUUGUUAAAGACUACAUAUUCAUUCCAGUAAAUUAUAGUCUUCAUUGGAGUUUGCUUGUCAUCUGUCAUCCUGGUGAAGUGCCUAAUUUCAAAGGUGAAGAAUCUGGAAGCACAUCCAAGGUACCAUGCAUCUUGCACAUGGAUUCUAUUAAAGGAAGUCACAGAGGCCUCAAGAAUCUUAUCCAAAGUUACCUAUGUGAAGAAUGGAAAGAGAGGCAUAGUGGUACAACAGAAGAUAUAUUGUCAAAAUUCUUGAACUUGAGAUUUGUUCCACUGGAGCUUCCACAGCAGGAAAAUCUAUUUGACUGUGGCAUUUUCUUGCUACAUUAUGUGGAGCUUUUUUUGGAGGAAGCUCCUCUUGAAUUCAGCCUCUUUAAUAUCUCUAAGUUUUCCAAAUUUUUGACCAAAAAUUGGUUCCUACCUGUGGAGGCUUCUCUGAAAAGACGUGUAAUCAAGAAGGUAAUUUAUGAGAUCCAUGAUUAUUCUCACAAAACACAUCUGGCUGAUACCAUUACUGAAUGUCCUGUAGUACCCAAUGAAACCGGCAACCAAGAAACUGGGGUAAUGUCUCUUGAGAAGAUAGGCAGUGCAAUAAAAAAAUGCCAUGACACUGCAUCCACUUCCAAUGCUGAGAAAAGUGGAAUUUCUUUGUCAGAAACUUCACUCUUAAGAGGUGACCAGUGCGGUAGAGAAUCAGGAGCUAUUGCCAGGCAAUCUACUGAUGCAAAUCUACAGUUGUCUGCUCCUUAUGGGAGGAGUAUCUUGUCACCGAUUGAGGAAACUGAAGAAGCUCGAGGUCAAGUUUCCAGGUCGCCAUUAGACAAGGAAGAAUGCCACCAAGUAGCGAAAUCUACAUCUGAUCUUUUCUCAAGGUUCCAUAGCGGAGACUUAGAGACACUUAAGAACAAUGAACACUCUGUGAGUUGUAGGAAAGUUAAUGAGGGAGAUCCAAUAUCUGGAACAUCUAGUGGUUUUCCAACUUUUCCAGAGAUAGCAAUACAUGUAGUUAUCCCAAUCGCAAUGCAGGAUCUGGAAGGAUCUAACCAUUUGGCCGAACCAGAUAAAGAAGAGUCUUCUUCAACCUCAUGUAAGGAACUUACUGCUCGUGUUGCAGAUGAUACCGAAGAGGGUAAUAAUGAGAUCAGCUCUACUCCUAUCUGCAUAGAAAACAAAGCUUGUGUUGUACCAGAUUCUGAAGAGGAUAGUAAUGAAAUCAGUUAUAUCCCUUGUAUUGAUGUAGAACAUGAUUUUGGCAAAAGGGAUAGGCCAACUGAGAACAUCAUUCGAAAAAGAAACUUUAUCCGGAAAAGUACCAAUCUGCCCUCAAGCAGUGGUAAUGCACUGUCAAAAUCAGAUGAACUGCGAACUACAAAGAAGCAAAGAAUCAAGGCUACCAUGGGUGAAAGACGAGUCACUAGAAGUCUCUCAAAUGCAUUGCAUAUAUAAUGGUCUUGUGAAUGGCAUUAUUGGCAUUUUGUGUAUCUAGUUUGAACAGUAUUUUCUAGUGUUAAUGUAAGCAGGUAGGUAGAAAGUAUAGAAGUUAGCCAUAACAAAGAAUAGCUAAAAUGUUUGAAAUCAAUGACGUUACAUAAGUAUAGGAACUCAUCAUCGUAGUAAGUUUAAAAACAAUGGGCUUAUUGGUAUAGGUAGGAACUAAUCAUAUCACAUUUUCUUGGUUCAAAAGAAGCAUUUUCACGUUAU